AUGAUCACAUGCUAUACACCAUUCGAUAGCUCUCGCUCUGGGGANNNNCUGUGUACACUGAGAUGGAGGGCUGGAGUGAAGUCUUUCGAGGAGCUUCCCUCAGCCGCUCAGAAGUACAUCGAGGCCAUCGAAAAGUGGACGGGAGUGCCCGUGUCGUGGAUUGGUGUUGGCGCUGGGCGUGAAGAUAUGAUUAGGAGGCAUACCACUGAGUAG